AUGGUUUCGCCAUUAACUACUCACGAAGUAGAAAAUGCAAAAAUGUUUUGGGUCAAUCUGACACAAAAACGCUCUUUUCGUCGGGAAUUGGAGAUACUCUCCAAGGACCAAUCUAUUCCUAAGACAAGCUCACUCCUCCGAUUAUCCCCGUUUCUAGACUCAAACGGACUUCUAAGAGUUGGUGGUCGCUUGCACUUCUCCAAUCUUUCGGCUAAUGCUAAGCAUCCACUCAUUCUUCCGAAGGACUCACCCUUCACCGGUCUGAUCAUUGCAGAUGCGCAUCUUCGUACUUUGCACGGAGGCACUCAACUUACUAUUGCAUUCAUACGUAACGACUACUGGAUAGUUGGAGGAAGAGCAUCCAUACGUUCGUUCAUUCUCAAAUGCGUGCGAUGCUCGCGCUUUCGACGCAAAGGAGCACAACAGUUAAUGGGACCACUUCCAGUGGAGAACAUAACCCCAUCUCGUGCAUUUCUGCAUACCGGUGUUGAUUACGCUGGACCAUUUAUCACCAAAACCUGGAAAGGCAAAAACGCGCGCACAUAUAAAUCUUAUAUUGCUCUGUUUGUCUGUCACUCGACUUCAGCCAUUCAUUUGGAGCUUGUAACUGACUAUACUACCGAGGCAUUCAUGGCCGCUUACAAGCGUUUUACUGCCCGAAGGGGUAUCUGUGCCACCCUGAUAAGUGACUGCGGCACAAAUUUCAAGGGUGCAGACUCCGAACUGCAAAAGCUUUUCUCUUCUUCCUCAAAGGAAUUGAGCAAUUUGGCCUCACUGCUGGCCAAUGACGGAACGCAAUGGAAGUUCAACCCGCCUUCUGCUCCUCACUUCGGGGGAAAGUGGGAGGCGGGAGUUAAAUCCGUUAAGUUUCACUUGAAACGAGUCGUUGGAGACACAUUGCUCACGUACGAAGAAAUGACCACAUUUCUUGCGCAAAUUGAGGCUACCCUCAAUUCUCGACCUCUAUGCCCACUUACAGACGAUCCUGAGGAUCUCAAUGCUUUAACUUCUGGUCACUUCCUCAUGGGUCGUGCACCAUCCAUUAUACCAGAACCUUCACUUGCAAUGGUGAAGGUUUCACGGCUGUCUCAUUGGCAAUGGACACGCCAGAUGCUAGAGAGUUUCUGGGCUAGAUGGUCUACAGAGUGCUUAUAG